CGCUCUCGCUAACCCUCCCAGUAAUGUCCCACCCUUCACCCGAGCUCUGUUGCUCUCAGUCACUGUAGCUCACCCGUACGAUCGGUGCUUUACCGAGAAACAGUCGACCGGAUCUGGGCGGGACCGAAUCGACUCCAGUGCGCUUCAUUACUCACCAAACCUCCAUGAUCCACACCUGGACGAGCGCUUGACAGGUCAGUAAGUUAAAGAGAGGCUAUUAUGAAGACAGAGACGGGCCUUGAGGCGGAGGUGCCAUCACAACACAAAGGGGCAACAGUCAACAUGCAAGAAUCAGCUUCAGAUGGCAAAAUGGCCAAACAGGAAAAUAAGGCUCAUGAUGAUCACAAAGACACAGAAGACACAUCAGAAAGGACGACGCCGGGCAAGAGCCCCAGAUCUCCUCAGAAAGGCUCCAAACGCUCUAAAACGUUUCCCUUCAAAGUCACUCUUCUGGACAGUUCUGAUUAUGAAGACAACAUUGAGAAACUGUGUAAAGGUCAACUUCUCCUGGACAUGGUGUGUGAACAUUUAAAGCUGUUGGAGAAGGACUACUUCGGCUUGACCUUCAGUGAUUCUGACAGCCAAAAGAACUGGUUGGACCCAUCCAAGGAAAUCAAAAAACAGAUGAGAAAUUCUCCUUGGCAUUUUACGUUUGCUGUCAAGUUUUAUCCACCGGACCCCUCCCAGCUCAUAGAAGACAUUACCAGGUAUUAUCUGUGUCUGCAGCUGCGGAAUGACAUCAUCUCCGGCCGCCUGCCCUGUUCUUUUGUUACGCAUGCUCUGUUGGGCUCUUACACCAUACAGGCGGAGCUGGGAGAUUACGAUCAGGAUGACCACGGCUUAGAGUAUGUCAGCGAUUUUCGUUUUGCCCCGAAUCAGACCCGCGAGCUAGAGGAAAGGGUGAUGGAGUUACACAAAACAUACAGGGGAAUGACGCCUGCAGAAGCCGAAAUUAACUUCCUGGAAAAUGCAAAGAAGCUCUCAAUGUACGGGGUUGACCUGCAUCAUGCUAAGGAUUCAGAAGGGAUUGAAAUCAUGCUGGGAGUGUGUGCCAAUGGUCUAUUGAUUUAUCGUGACAGGCUGAGGAUCAACCGCUUUGCUUGGCCAAAGAUUCUCAAGAUCUCCUACAAAAGGAGCAAUUUCUACAUCAAGAUUCGCCCUGGAGAGUAUGAGCAGUUUGAGAGCACCAUUGGCUUCAAGCUUCCCAACCACAGAGCUGCCAAGAAACUAUGGAAGGUCUGCAUCGAACACCACACCUUUUUCAGACUAGUAUCUCCCGAGCCACCACCAAAGGGCUUUCUGGUGAUGGGUUCAAAGUUCAGAUACAGUGGAAGAACACAGGCCCAGACACGACAGGCCAGCGUUCUGAUCGACCGACCUGCUCCACACUUUGAACGGUCUACCAGCAAGAGAUACUUGCUUUCUCGCAGCCUAGAUGGAGAGUUCUCCCGACCGGUGUCAACGCUGGGUGAGAUCCAUGAUGGUCUGUCCCAGAAGAGCGAGAGCGACCAGCAUCACUGUCUGUCUGCAGAUGAAGGUGAACCUGAUCUCAGUCUGGACCAAGACCAAGAUCAAGACCAGAGCAGGAGUGAGGAGAUGGUCAUGACGCCAACUAGGAAAAAAGACAUCAAGGAGGACGCAAGUCUGGCUCUUGAUAAACAGGAGCAGGAGUUAACCCCUCUACACAAGCAGGAGUUUCUAGACAAGUCAGAAGAUGUUCUCCUGAAGCACCAGGCCAGCAUCAAUGAGCUGAAGAGAGCCCUGAGGGAACCCAGCAGUAAACUGAUGAACCGGGAAAAACGUCUGUCUGCGACGUCCCCCAGCGAAACUCCAGAGAAGAAGGCAGUCUUGGCCACCUGUCAGGAGGCUGAACCUGUCAACAGCCUCUGUGUGGAGGGCUUCAUACAGAAGACUUUAGUGACUUCACCUGAGGGCUCUGAGGAAUGGGUGUUGAUUGAAAAACCAGACGCAUCUCAACCGCACUUUGCGAUGGAGGAGAAAGAACGUAACAAAUCUAAUGUGUCUUCCCCUCUCCUGGUUGUUGAACUCCUUCCAAGAAAGAAGAGGGAGGCAGAAAAACAACGGGAAAUUCCCAAGAUGAAGCACAUUGAGCUGAUGGGAGAGGAUGGUGAAGAAAUGCAAUUGCAGAUGGAGACUUUUGCAUGCCCAAAUGUGUCAAAAAAGUCAACAGAAUCAAACAAAAGGAGAGAAGGCGAUAAAUCAGAGCCUCCUUCUGUGGCCGAAACAAGAUCUGAGACUGAGAAGACCUCAGAUGUUGCCGAUGAACAUGCUCCACGUAUAGUCAGAAGAGAGAAAAGACCUCAGAGCUUAAACCUGGGGAUGUCCAGGGACUUUGUGUACGAGUCGGAAGCCAAAAGUUCAAAUAUCACACAAGACAGUGUAGAGUCAGAUGAGGAUAAUAAUACUGAACUUAUCGAGGACGCUGUGGUCUGUCAUCCGGAAGAUUUCACCUCAACAACAGACGCGUGGUCACCGUCCAUGACUAAAAAACUAAAUCACCCAGUCGAUUCUGGAGCACCGCUUGAAGAGAGGGGAUUUGACAAAGUCACGGAAAAAGACCUGCAGAUCUCCAGUCAAGGAGCAGCAAGAUCUGAUGAUGCAAGAAAGUUUGUAGAAGGCCAAAAAAAGACAUCCAUCGAAAUUAAGAUUAUGAACACCGAAGACAAACAAGAAAACCAAGAUUCGGUUAAUGGUCCUGGUAACGAUGAGCUAAAAAUUGUCAAGACUGAUGUCAGAUUUGAGGUUAUGAAAGUCAUCAUGAUUGACAACAGCGAUAACAAUGAGGAGCCUGAAAAUGUGGAGGAGCAAAGAAUGGAAGAGUUGGGUCUUGAGAGGAAGAUAAGCAAUAUUGAACCGGAUAAAACCAAAGCGAUCCAAACAGCCAAGGAGUUGAGAAAGACCGGCUCGAGAUUAACAGGACACACAAGAACUGAUAUAACCAGAAUUGUUCCAUUGAAACCUGAGAGAGCGAAAAGUCAAGGUUACAAAGAUGAUAUAGAUAUUGGACAAGACUCUGAAUUGAUGACAAGAAGCUUUAAAAGAUACAGUAUGAAUGAAUCUUUUGAGAGACACUUUGACCCCAGUAAGUUUGAGAGCAGGUAUUCAAGCACUUCCAGUUCAAAUUUGACCAUUAGUCCGGUGAAAGUCAAAUCAAGUAAUCGGGAAUCCUCAUUAGCUACGGUAGACCACAAUGUUUCAGGGAGCUCAGAGCAAAAAACACUAAGUGAUAUUACAGGUUCAUCAGAAGAAGGAGUGAUGCAGGAUGAGGAAACUACAAAACACACCAGUGGCGUGGUCCAUGGAGAGUUUCUGCUGCCCAUUGAGGGAGUAUUUGAUGUCCAACCCAGGACUCCAGUCCACCAAAAAAAUGCCCCUCCAACUCCUCCGGUGAAAACAAAGAAAGCAAGGGAAUCCGUUCUUAUUCUGCGCAACAGCCGCAACUUUGGCAAAGAUCUGGUUUUUGAAGACAAGAUGAGUUCUCCGGAGUCUCUGUCUGCUACUUCUACUCAUGAGGACACACAGGAUGAUGUUAAGCAGCGGUCAGCCUCCACUUUGGAGGACGACGGUAGUCAUGAGCUAGCUGGGCUGAAGGACACCCUGCUAACCAUCGAAAGGAAAUGUUCGAGCAUGACUGUCAGUUCAGCUUCAAGCCUGGAAGCUGAGGUGGAUUUCACUACGGUCAUGGACUUUCACAGCGAAAUGGAGGAGUUUUCUAGAGGCAUGGCUGACCUGGGUGAGAAGGACCAGCAGGUGGAUAUGGAAGGGGAAGGUUUUGGGGAGAUCCCUGGUGUCCACCACAUGGAUUGGAGGGUUGCGUCACCCGGGAGAGAGAGAUUACUUGAAGGUCGCGCUCAUCAGGAUUUAGAGCCUCCCCCCAUUGCUAAGAAAGACCCCAGUGCUGUGAGUGCUGCCCAGAAGUUGAGAAGAGGAGAAGUGCUACCAAAUUCCAAUGGUUCAGAGGUUCAUCACGCUGUUGAACACGACUCUGAUCAUCCCCCUCCAGAAGAAAAUAUGACUAACUGCAAUCAGACCAAAGCCCCCAGUACUGACGUCACUCAACCACAGAAGGUGGACUCGAAACAGGAAGAGAGCCGAGUAAAAGAAGCAAAAGAAAACGGCUCCCCUGUAAGGGUAAACAGUCUGGAAAGAGACUUUGUUGCGUCACCUCUCACCGUAACCACAGAAAAUGUUACAUCAGCCACAACGACUCAAGUGACCAAGACGGUAAAAGGAGGAUACGCAGAGACCAGGAUUGAGAAAAGAAUAAUUAUAACAGGCGAUGAAGAUGUUGACCAACAUCAGGCACUUGCCAUGGCAAUACAAGAAGCCAAACAGCAGCACCCCGACAUGCUGGUGACUAAAGCAGUAGUGGUGAGAGAAACAGACACAUCCUUUCAAGACAAACAACGAAGAUCUGAGUCUUGAUCACUAGAGGGUGCUGUUUGCAACAGUGACAGAAGAUCUGCUUUGGAUGUCUAACUGAGAGAAGAUGACUCGUGACUCACACUACUGAAUAACGUACCCUAAACAAACCACCAGCCCUUUCUAAUCGCUGUCUCAUCUCAUCCCUUCCAGACCCCCUGUUCAGUUUAACCUGUAUCCAAAGACCAACGGCGUCUCAUCAUCUGAUGUCAAUACAAUGUACAGUACCGUUCAAAGUAUUUUCCUUCCACUAUAGAGUCAUCUGCAGUCCUUAUGAGAUUUUAACACUGAAUUGUAUAAAUGUCAAUAGUUUAACAUUAAAUUUAGAGGGGAUUGGAAAAAGAAAUCCUGAAAGUGUUGGAUACAUUUCUUCAUGCUAUCAUGUAUGCAUAUCAGACUUUAUUCCAGAGGUUUUUCUUCAGUUUACAGCAUUUUUUGGCUCCUGUCAACUUUCCGCUUUUCCGUUAUUUUGUCGUGAAAGCGUGGACUACAUGUUUCUCAGUUCAAAACAAACAUCAUCCCGGGAAUUCGGUCUUCCAUUUUGGAUCCAUGCAUGACUUUUGAGAAUUCACUGGAGAAGUGUGAGAAAGAACAAACACACAAGUUGUGCUGCCCUGGAAAACAUGGCCACGGGUCAGCCUCUAUAACUGUCACUUAUAUACUCGAUUGCUGUUUUCUAGCUUUGUAAAGAUUUUUCAAUAAUAGUUGAUCAAGUGUUUGCUUGUUAAUUACGAAUAUUUAUCAAUUCGUUUAUCAUAUGCGCAUGCAUGAAACGAAUAGCAGAUUUGCAGAUGGUGCAGACACAUGUCAAACCACACUAGAUACCUGACCGGUUGUACAAAAGAUGCUGUAGUUUUAUACCCCGCAUGUCAAAACAGCUAAAGGGACAGAGGGGAAUUUCACAUAACAAGCAACAGUAAUAGUUAUGUGGUGUUUAUCAUCUCUUAACCCUGGAGAACCAACGGGUCAAAUUUGGCCAAUGUUAAUUGAUGCUAAGGGAACAGAAGGGUUCUCCAGGGUUAAUUUCCUUGCGCCAUUUUGGGUUGCAGGUAAUGUCAGCUAUUAAAAAAAUCCCUUUCCUUUAUGUCUCAAAGUUUUAGUGGGUCAAACCAAUCUCCCUUUUUUAACCAAAACCAAAACCUAGUGAGCUGCCUAUGUAGUGAGCAUUUCAAGGCGUCAUACAGUAUAAGUGCUCCCAUAGCAAAGGCUGUUUCGAAGGGUAGAUGGCAUAAUUUAUCCUUCUUUGCCCAACAUGUUUAUCAUUGAAGGCAAUCCCAUAAUGCAUUGUGACUAAGCAAAAUAUGGCAUGUGUUCAAUAUAGAACAUUUCAAAUUGUGAGUAGGGAUCCACUGAUAUAUCAGCUAACUUGCCGCUUCUCCAUUAUUUGAAAUCUGUUAGUUAACUCAUCAAUUAAGAAGAGAAAAUGAUUCCUUGCAAUGACAAGUUUUUCCAGCAAUCUUUAUUUUUGAUAUUAUUCAACUAAUAAAACCCGGAAGCAUUCCCUUAGGGCAAACAGUUCAAACUCUGUGUAUGUUUUGAUCAACGCUCUGAAUCUGAUCUCUAUCAAAAGUCCUUCACAAAAUGCAAUCAUUUCAGCUUUUUGCUCAAAAUUUGGUAUUUUUGAAGAAACCUACCCAUACUGUUUUUGAGAGGUGAUUGAAAGAAAACAAAUGAAAAUAGGAUGAAAGUUUUUGUUUGAAAGCAGAGGAUCUGUUCUUUCAUUUGAUAUAUUGUAUGUUUAUAUAUUGAAAGAAGACAAUUUUGUGGAAGACAUUAAACUUUUGUGAAAAAAAUGCUGCCGCUGGCUGGCAACUUAAAAAGAAAAAACGCUGGCAGGGAAAGAGCUAAGAAUAAGAUGUGCCCUAAAAACAGAUGCCUAUAUAGACAGCAGACAGCGAGGGUUGCUCACUAGGUUUUGUUGGAGUUACUGAAGUGUUGCUUGAUGGGUAAUAUUAGAAUUUUAAUAGAGAUUUUAUUGAAAUGUUUAUGAAGUAAGAAUUUUUAGUUUUUUGUUCUUUUUAAGUUAUGCUUUAUGACUUUGAUAUAUUGAUAUAUUUAUAUGAUUGCUGAAUGUGAGCCCAUGGGUUUUCCGUCUCUAACACAUCACGAAAUACAGCAGUGUCAAUUUCCUGAUCUACAUGAAUUUGAAAAACAUGAUCAUCUUAUGUAUACACAACACAUAUAUUCUAUGCAUUCCUAGUACAGUAGCCUGAGGAAAAUACAACAAUCAGAGGCAAUUUGGAAAACUGUGAGCUGUUCUUGUCAACAAAUCUGCAAUAAUGCUUAUGUUUAUUAAACUGUGAUCAAGCAUACUAUGUUCAUUUCACGGUUAUAUACACAAAUAUGUCACUGUUAACCACGGCUCUGUACGCACUUUACAUGUCACUGCUGUCUCCUGAGGGAUGGAAGACCCUCGGGACGUCUGAUCUGCUGUUAUAAUGCAUCUGUGAAUCCAAUGAAGAUUUUCCUGAUAAUGUACUGCAGGCAAAUGAUUUUGGUCAAAAGCAGGUCCACACUGUAAAAAGUAUUUUGUGGUGUAGCUCUUUCAAUUUAAUUUUUUUUAAGUUGACACAACUUGCAAUUUCUGAAUUUGUUCAUUUCAACUUUCACGAGUUCGCAUUAACAUGUAAUCGAUAGGGAAUGAGAUAAAGCAUAUUUGGUGGGCUGUCCGAGGAUAGGGCUCUGAGCUCGGAAUUUUAGUCCGAACCCAGAGUACUCCCCUCAGUUUAACUGUGAUAAAUUAAUCUAGAUGAGAGUGAGGUGAUGGGGUGGAGGAGGGAUGCUGCAAAAGAUCUGUCAUGGGACAGAGGUGAGGGGCUGCUAUUUAUAGGCACCUCUUUGCACUUAUUGGUUGGAUCACAUGACCAUGCUCCUCCCAAACUUAGUUAAGUAAACUUCAUUAAAAUCUUAAAGUCCCCCUGACCUAAAAAAAAUCACUUUUAAAUGUGAAAUGAAUGAGUCGCCAGUGUGUGUGCAGAAACAUCCUAUUAUUACACAAAUCCAUCUGUUCUUCUUUGUGUAAUCUCCUUUUAAUUGCAACAGUCACACAAAACAGGCUGUUGAAGUUCCCCUACCAAUGAGAUGUCACAUUGUCCAAUCAAAAAUACAAUAUGUCCUAUGUCUAUAAAAACCUGGCAAAAAGUAUAUUUUUCUUGUUGAAGAAAGCCCAUUAAUUUUCGUCAAUGUUUUAAGAACGUUUGUUGAUUGUGUAAAUGUUAGAGAAAUGUUGCAUUUUAUUAUUUUUAAACUGUUAUAAAAUAUUAUUUCUUAAAGUUCUGUAAAAUAUUGCUGUAGGAAACACUAUUCACUUAUAAGUUUUAGAUGUUGGUUUUGUUUUUAUUUAAAGUCACUAUUAUGGUGAUCAGUGAUUGUUGUAGUUGGAUUCUUGACUCUGCUGGGUAGCUUAUCCUCUGGCUGUUACAACUUAUUGUUUAAAAAGCAGUCAAUAUUGUUCUCAUUAUAUGUGAGUUUAUUUAUGCAUUUAGUGUUUAAUCAAAAAAGCAUUUUUUUUCUGUUAAUGAUGUGAUACUACAGUAGGAGAUCCAGAACUCUCAGCAGUUUUAAAUUCUGACAGAUUGCACACAAAAAAAAUCCAAUGUGCCAUUUCUACACACAAACAUCAAGAAUAAGAGUAUGGAUCUAAACAAUGGUGACAAAGAAAAUAGUAAAAAAGUUAAUUUAUUUACACCAUGGUGCAUGCUGGGAAUCCUGGAUGUUAUUUAUAAUUUGUUGAUACCAGCAUGCACUGCAGCAUGAAGCUGUACAUUUCUUUUUCACCAUUGUUGAGAUUCAUACUCUGAUUCUUGAUGUUUGUGUGUAGAAAUGGCAUGUUGGUUUCUUUUUUUAUGUGCACAUUGUCUUAAAAUAUUUCAGAAUCAUAAACUGCUGAGAGUGCUGGAUCUCCUACUGUAGUGUCACAUUAUUAACGGAAAACAAUCUGUUUGGUUGAUCAAACACUAAAUGCAUAAAUAAACUCACUAUAUAAUGAUGCUUAGCAUCAGAUAUUAUUCACCACUGUGAUUAUUAAAUUAUUGACUGCUUUUUACUGCAACAAACCAGUUUUAAACAAUAAGUUGUAGCAAUCUCAGAGUCAAGAGUCCAACUAAAACAAUGGUGACUUUAAAUCAAAACAAAAACCAACAUCUUAACCUAAUAAGUGAAUAGUGUUUUCUACGACAAUAUUUUACAGAACAUUUAGCAAUAAUGUUUUAUAAAAGUUUGAAAAUAACUAAAUGUACAGUUUUUUAUUGCCUCAAGUUAUAAAAUAUUGAUGUGAACUACUACCCUAUUAUUAUUGGGGGUUUUUUUUGUAAAUGAAAACCAUUUUUUCUUUUGUGUAUACGUGUAUAAAUGAGACAGUAAAACCUUAAGAUUUUAUGUUGAAAUGAACAAAUUCAGAAAUUGCAAGUUGUGUGUCAACUUAAGAAAACUUUUUUAAAAGUUAAAACAGCAGCACCACAAAAUACUUUUACAGUGUAGGCAGUCUUUUAGUUUUCAGUUUAUGCACUGUUUUGGGAAGAUACAUGCAAGAUAGAUUUAAACAUGGUGUUAAAUGUGGAGGUAUUGAAAUCAAAUAAGUGUGGUAUCAUUUCUGCAUCACUAGCAUCAUCCUAGCAAGUUUCCCAAAUAUAUCACCCCGUUUACUCUCUACUUUCAUUAGUUGUAUAAGUAACAUAUAAAUUCUCUGAAAAUCUGUAGAGCUUUUGUUGAGCUCUGAUUCAAGCGUUUGCCUGUUCAAGCACUGUUUAUAUACUGUUCAUUUUGGGAAAGAAAGGUUACUAAUUUGGAGUAUUAAUGGGAGGUCUCUUGUAGGGCAGGUGAUUGUUUCUGUGUAAUACUCUUGAACACAAUCGAGGGCUGAUACUGUGAUGAAUAUGAGAGUUUUGUCAUAUAAAUAUUGGGUGCCUUAUUGUUUUACUCAAUGUCAUCAGAGGCAAGAGACAAAAGUUGUUACCUGGGAUCCACUGACAGAUCUGUGGAAACUCGCUUGGGAAGUUGUAGAGUUGAUCUCGCGGGUCAAUAUGAGUCUACGGUCUGUCAUAUGGGAUACUUGUAAACUAAAUUGAGUAUAUAUCUCUGUUAACUGGUGCAACUUACUGUAAAUCUAUAGAGUUUGAUAUACUACUAGCUUAUGAAGAGCAGACACUGGAAAUAAUCAAGUGAAACCAGGAACAGUACCUGAUGCUCUGCGCAUGACAUGAAGCAUUAGAUUUAUCUUCCUAUACUGUCCAACUCCCUUCCAUUUACAUUCAUCCUUCAGAGUUUUAUAGCCACAUAGUGCUUAAUGGUGUGUGUUUAUUGUGUUUGCAUUCAGCCUAAACAGAGUACAGAAUACAUCAAUAAACGUCUCAAUGCCAUUGUGA